CUCCAAUUCCACCUUGACAAAGGCAUUCACUUCUAUAAACCAGCUCAUCAUCAAACAAAAUGGUGCAUCUAUCGAGAGUCAGGAAGGCGAAACAUCCCCAUCGCGAACCCGAAGAGUCCGGCGACACCUCUUCCGCCCCGUAUGUCUAUGCGACGCAUUAUGCCGCUGAGGAGCUGCCAGAGCACGAGAUUGCAGAGCGAGAGAUGCCGGCUGCUGUGGUCAAGCGCAUGAUUCAGGAUGAAUUGAGUCUGGAUGGGAAUCCACUGCUCAAUUUAGCUAGUUUUGUAACUACGUAUAUGGAAGACGAAGUGGAAAGCCUCAUGACCGACGCCAUGAGCAAAAACUUCAUCGACUUCGAACAGUACCCUCAAACAGCGCAUAUCCAGAACCGCUGCGUAAACAUGAUCGCGGGGCUCCUGCACGCGCCAACCAACAAUGACGACGACAGCGAUCAAGACUCGAUCGGUACGUCGACGGUCGGGUCAUCCGAGGCUAUCAUGCUAGGCAUGUUGGCUAUGAAGAAACGAUGGCAGAAUCGACGCAAACAGGAGGGAAAGGACUGGACUCGGCCGAAUAUUAUCAUGAAUAGCGCGGUCCAGGUAUGUUGGGAAAAAGCGGCGAGGUAUUUCGACGUCGAGGAGAAAUUUGUCUACUGCACAGAUACUAGGUACGUGAUUGAUCCACAGACGGCGGUGGAUUUGGUCGAUGAGAAUACGAUUGGGAUUUGUGCGAUUGUGGGAACGACAUAUACGGGGGAGUAUGAGGAUGUGAAGAAGAUAAAUGAUCUGUUGAUACAGCGCGAUAUGGACUGUCCCAUCCACGUGGAUGCGGCGAGUGGUGGUUUCGUAGCGCCGUUUGUCAAUCCUGAUAUGGUCUGGGACUUUCAAUUGGAGAAGGUGGUGUCGAUCAAUGUGUCCGGGCAUAAAUAUGGGCUUGUGUAUCCCGGCGUCGGCUGGGUAUUCUGGCGAGCUCCCGAAUACCUUCCCAAAGAGCUGAUUUUCAACAUCAACUACCUGGGUUCCGACCAGGCGAGCUUCACUCUUAACUUCUCCAAGGGUGCCUCGCACAUUAUCGGACAAUAUUAUCAGUUGCUGCGGCUAGGUCGGCACGGAUAUAAAAGCAUCAUGUCAAACCUGACGCGGACAGCCGACUAUUUAGCCAGCGAACUAGAGAAACUCGACUUCAUCAUAAUGAGCGAGAGAAGUGGUCGAGGACUUCCCCUUGUUGCCUUCCGAUUGCCGGGAGAUGAUAGUCGGUUGUACGACGAGUUUGCGCUGGCCCAUGUGCUUCGUCGGCGAGGAUGGGUUGUGCCAGCCUAUACAAUGGCACCGCACAGCAACCAGCUAAAAAUGAUGCGGAUUGUUCUGCGCGAGGAUUUCAGUCUCCACCGAUGCAAUCUACUGAUCGAGGACUUCAAAAUGGCCAUAAAGACAUUGGACGAGAUGGACGAGUCCAUGAUCGAUCGCAUCAGCCAAUACAUCCAGACGCACGGGGCAAAGAUGCCCCAUAACCCAUUGUAUGCGAAUGAGACGCAUUCUCUGCAAGGGAAGACUGGCAAGUCGCAUCCUGUAUGUUAGUGGAGUCGACGCAAUAUUGUUGGCACUUAUCUCCGCUGCCUGGUUCAGUCAUGUAGAAAGUGUCUCGUGCUGGUUUAUGCUGUCGAAUACCGACGCAAGUG